AUGUCAUGGGCAGAUCUCGUAAACAACAACCUGGUUGGAUCGGGCAAUGUUUCUAAGGCAGCCAUUUGUGGUUUUGAUGGUUCUGUUUGGGGUAAAUCAGACAAUUUCAAGUUAGAGCCCGCUGAAGCAGCAAUUGCUGGACGAGGUUUUCAAAACAAGGAAUCUCUAUUAGGUACCGGAAUGAAACUCGAAGGCGUUAAAUACUUUGUUUUACAAGCCGAUGAUGAACGAAUUAUUGGCAAAAAAGGCUCCAAUGGGUUUUUUAUAUAUAAAACUGGUCAAGCAGUGAUAAUAUCAAUAUAUGAGGGCGGUGUGCAACCCGAAAUGUGCAGUAAAACUACGGGUGCAUUAGCUGACUACUUCAAAAGCAUGAAUUAUUAA